AUGGCGUCUUUGCUUGGGUCUUUCCCGAAACCUCUUUCUUCAGUUUCAUUUCCGGUUACGGCUGAGCUAUCAUCACUGACUAUUGGUAGGAAUGGUUGGAGGGGAGACAAUUUCCGGACGUGUCAAUUUCCAUAUUCUCAUGUAGCCGUACAAGUUUCACAGUGCAGCACAUGGAACACUCAGCACAAACUUUAUGCCAUGGGAAUUCAUCAGCAGCAUGUGAUGCAUCGCUUUGGGAAUGUUGAUGAAAGAUGUCCACUAUAUGGGAAACAUAGUAAAACCUAUUUGGUACAUGCGACCUCUGAACACCCUCUUGAAUCAGAACCUGAAGCUUAUAAUCCUAGGAGCCCUUUGCAAUUUGUGCCAGAUGCCUUAAAUGCUUUCUACAGGUUCUCGCGGCCCCAUACAGUUAUAGGAACGGCAUUAAGCAUCCUUUCAGUCUCUCUCCUUGCAGUUGAGAAGCUCUCUGAUUUUUCUCCAUUAUUUUUUACUGGGUUGAUUAAGGCCAUUGUUGCUGCACUUCUGAUGAAUAUCUAUAUCGUUGGUUUAAAUCAACUGUCCGAUAUAGAAAUAGACAAGGUUAACAAGCCUUAUCUACCUUUGGCAUCAGGGGAAUAUUCUGUUGCCACUGGAGUCAUGAUUGUUUCAUCUUUUGCCGUCAUGAGUUUUUGGCUUGGAUGGAUUGUUGGUUCAUGGCCAUUGUUUUGGGCUCUUUCCAUCAGUUUUGUACUCGGAACUGCCUAUUCUAUCAAUCUACCAUUGUUGAGAUGGAAGAGAUUUGCUUUCGUUGCAGCAAUGUGCAUCCUGGCUGUUCGAGCAGUAAUCGUUCAAAUUGCAUUUUAUCUCCACAUGCAGACCUUUGUUUAUGGGAGAUCGGCCGUCUUUUCAAAGCCUGUGAUUUUCGCAACUGCAUUCAUGAGCUUCUUCUCAGUUGUCAUAGCAUUAUUUAAGGACAUACCUGAUAUUGUUGGAGACAGGAUAUAUGGCAUUCAAUCUUUUACUGUCAGAUUAGGUGUUUUGGAUCUGUAUAUCGCUGCUUGAAAUGGCUUAUGCUGUUGCCUUGUUUGUCGGAGCUGCAACUUCCUGCAUUUGGAGCAAAUACGUCACGGUUUUGGGUCAUGCCCUGUUGGCUUCAAUACUUUGGAACCGUGCAAAAUCUGUUGAUCUGAAGAACAAAGCUGCAAUAACCUCCUUUUACAUGUUUAUAUGGAAGCUCUUUUAUGCCGAGUACUUGCUCAUACCACUUGUGAGGUGAAUAUGAAGAUGUUUAAAGAGGACAGAUUUUGACUGGUCCAUGUGAGGGUUUAAUUGCCCAAAACAUUGGAUUCGUUGAAACAAGAAGGCUCCAUAAUUGUGUUGGAUAAUGUUUUCAUGGUUGAAGCACAAAUGGUAGGGAUUGAUACUUAAAUCAAUGAAAAAUUAUUAUUAUUAUUCUGUUUAAUUUGUACCAGCCCUUAAACCAGCAGAUUGGUCUUUGCUGAUUGAAGAG